AACCCCAAAUACUUAUGUAUUUUCAGUAACCGAUGGGCUGGGUGACGAAAGAAGUGGAUCCCUCGUCUGCUUUCCGUCGCUGGAAACCCGAAGUUGAAGCUCACCAGGUCUACUUCUUCCACUUUAGCAACAUUUUUUUUUCUCUCUCUCUUCAAGCAUCACAAGAUCUUUACGAUCCGCUAGAAUAACCAUAUAUCCCUCUGUGAAAUCAUGCUCAUGCAUACCGCUCCGGUUUAAGCUUAUAAAGACUCCAACAUGCGCAUCCGCCUACCUUUUGCAGGAGUUUUUUUCCUGCUAUGCCUCCUCGCAGGCUACGCGGGGCUCUCGUCCCUACAACUCAAUACCGUUAUCAAUGAUAAAGUCUUACAUCUCUUGACUUUCUUCCUCCUAACCAUCGCUUUCUACUGGAUUAUCGAUACGAACCGCCGUCGUACCCUCAAUUUCACCGUCGUCGUAUGCACAUUAGGCCUGGGCAUCGGCUCCGAAUUCCUACAAGGGUUUCUCCCCAACGGACGAGAGUUUGAUCCCUACGACAUCGUUGCCAAUAUUGUGGGUAGCUUAGCGGGACUCGGACUAUGUUCCUGGUACCACCUAAGAAUGUUAGAGAGGAAGCGCACACGUAGGCAAUACAACGCUGUUCCCGGCGAAGAUCCCACAGAUCUCGAGCUUGGCGAGGAUAUCGAGGCUCAAGAAGAGGGUGUUAUGUCGGCAGCCGGAAAUGAAAGGGUCACUACUCUUGAGGAUGAAGUCGACAACUGGGAUGAAAACGCGGUGGACGCAUGGGAUGAGGACGAAGGUGAAGGCGAUAUAGGAGUGAUCAAUGGCAAAACUCCCGAGCAAAACGGGGGAGAAACGGUCGAGACGAAGAAACGAGUUGACUAAGGGCGUUACGAGAAUACGAUGCAUCGGAUGGACGGAUUAAAUGAUACCUUUUCUUCAGGGGUAAAUUGGCAAGGCCCUGGGGAUUAUGGCGUUUGUAAGAGUUAGGAUGAAAUCGGCGUGAUAUUGCAGGCUAUCAAAAAGGGAUUUGUCCGAGUAUACCCAUUUCCUUCGGCGGAAUACUGUGAACAAGACAGUUUAUGAUGGUGUAGUUAGUAUUAAUACCUGUAAGAGAGGUGAGAAAACCCCAUCGCAUGUAACCUAGUAGGUAAUUCUUUUUUUUUCUUGUUUUCUUCCCACACAAUCCUCAAGACGGGGGGUUAGUCUAUUAGGGAAAUAGGAUGUGGACUUUCCCCUUCAGAAGUUGACUACUU